UCGGAGAGUGUCAUGGCGGCGCAUGUAGUCAGUUUUGAGAGUAAGGGCAACAUAGAGGAAAGGAAGCAUAGUAAACGAGAGGCACGGCAAGAAGUGAUAGACAAGGCCAAGGAGCAGUAUGACAAGGCAGAAAGAAGGAAGGAGCUCAAACGGCAGAGAGGGGAGGACACCUGGAUGCUUCCUGAGAUCAACCAGAGGCUGCAGGAGAUGGAGGAAGAGGGAUCUGUAAAAAGCAAAAAGAAGAAAGAGAAGAAAUCUAAAAAGAAAAAGGAGAAAAAGAAGGACAAGAAGGAGAAGAAGACAGCAGGAGCAGACGAUGGCUCUAAAGACAGCUCAGAUGACUCAGAGGGGGAGUGGGUGGAGGCUCCGGCGCAGACACGAGCUACUAAAGCCUGGAAACUUCCUGAUGAGUCCAAACCCUCAGAGAGCAGCGUCAGCACAGCACAGAGCGUCGAGAGAGACGAAUGGAUGACGUUUGACUUCCUGGCAAUGAAAACCACGUCCACAACAGAGAAGAGGGCUGAGAAAGAUCGACUGAAAGAAGAGGAGAAGGCGAAGGCUCAGGCCAUCGAACAGGCUGGUUUGCACAAAUUGGAGCUAAACCCGUUCUGGAAAGAUGGAGGAACUGGUCUGCCCCCCGCGGAGAAGGCUGCAACAAAGAAAGGAAACACAGUGGUGAAUGAUGCCGGUCUGGGCUGGCUGAGGAAGAGCUUCCAAAGGAUGAAGGAGCAGGCAGAGAGGCAGCAGCGCAGCCUCAAUGAAAUUGUGGCCGAGAGAUACGGAUCAAUGGAAGAGUUUCAGCAAAAGCUUGCCGAUGCUGAGAUAGCUGUGUACGGACACUGCAGUGGAGGAGAUGGAAACAGAGGAGCGAGAGGCGGGUGGAGGAGAGGAGGAAACGAGUCCAGAGAGAGAUGGAGAAGAAAAGAUGAGAGGGGGAAAGAGAGAGAACGCUGGAGAAGUAACGAAAGGGAAAGAGAUUCAUCACCAACCGAUGGAGAGAGAAACAAUGCUGGGAGACGAGAGGAAAGGGAGAGGGGGGGAUAUCGCGGCAGAGAGGAAGACCGAAGUCGAGACGGAGACAGGUCCAGAGACAGAGAGAGGGAUACAGAGAGGGAUAGAGACAGCGAGAGAGAUAGAGGAAGAGAAAGGGAAAAGGGUAGGGAUGGAAGAAGAGAAAGAGAUAAUGAAAGAGACGGAGACAGAAAUCAGGAUAGAGAUUGGGAUAGGGAUGGAGGAAGAGAAAGAGAUACUGACGGAGACAGAGACAGACAUCAGGAUAGAGAUAGGGAUAGGGAUGGAGGAAGAGAAAGAGAUACUGACGGAGACAGAGACAGACAUCAGGAUAGAGAUAGGGAUAGGGAUGGAGGAAGAGAAAGAGAUACUGACGGAGACAGAGACAGACAUCAGGAUAGAGAUAGGGAUAGGGAUGGAGGAAGAGAAAGAGAUACUGACGGAGACAGAGACAGACAUCAGGAUAGAGAUAGGGACAGUGAAAGAAAUAGAGAAAGAGACAGUAGCAGUGUUUCUUCAUCAUCAUCAUCAUCAUCUGGCCAAAACCUGAGUCAACCUUCUUCCUCUCUCGGGUCACUCAAAGGUCGCUUCCUCAAACCCUCAGAAGAUGAUGACAGUGCUGACGUUCCAGAUCGUCGCCGUGCUCCAGCGCGGCCGUCCUCAGGAUUCCUGAAGCCCAGCUCUGAUGAUGAAGACUCUGGUCCCCGUAAUGCCAGCAUGCAGACCUCAAAGAAGAGCAGCCAUCCUGCCAGGGAAUCUGCCAGCUUUGAGAAACCACAGCAGGAGAGAGAGAGGGAUCCUGGGAAAACUGUGACAGCUCCUCAAGACGGUCCCACUGGCAACAAAGCUUCUGCGUCAAGGAGUGACAGUGAGGAAGAGGAAGAGGAGCUUCCACUGAUGUCAGAGGAGGAGAUGAACAAACUGGGAGCCAAACUGGUGAAGGCUGAGAUUAUGGGCAACACGGCCAUGGUUGAGAAGCUGAAGUCCCAGCUGGACGCAGCACAUAAAGCUAAAGAAAGCCACGAAGCUCGAAGACAAGAAAUGGCGACUUCAAAACAGGUCACCGGUCGCUCCAGUGAAGCCCAGGAACUCCUGCUGUUCAGAACUGACCAAUCAGGGCGCGCCUGGCCCGUCAACGCCCCCUCUGGACCCCAGGAGCCCCACGGAGGACGACGGAAGAAGAAAGCGAUUGAGACCCAUGUUGACGGAGAGCGUGUGCGCUACUUCCAGGACGAUGACAAUACGGGUCUGAAGGAGAUGGUGAGGAGGGAGAAGAUGAGCUCUGCGCAGGACCAGAACGCACUCUACUCUCGAAUGGCUUCCAAGAUGAUGGGGAAGACAGACGGUGACAACUACACUCUGGAUGACAUGUUUGUGUCGAGUGCAGCGCAGCGGGAAGGCGAGGGAAGGGAGGAGGAGAGGAUGAGGAGCAAAGCCAUCGGGGAGAGUCGGAGGCUGAAUGCCUCCAUGGAGAAAUGCCGGCACUGCUUCAGCAGCCGAGAGCUGCAGAAGCACCUGGUCGUGGCGAUAGGGAGCAAGGUCUACCUGAGCGUGCCUGCAGGAGUGUCUAUGACUGAGGGCCACUGUCACAUCUGUCCCCUCCAGCAUCACUGCUCUGCCACCGGAUUGGACGAAGACGUCUGGUCAGAAAUGCAGCUGUUCCGGCGUACUUUGGUGCGAAUGUUUGAGUCCCAGGAGCUCGACUGUGUGUUCAUGGAAACACACAUGGACCCACGCAAAAGACAACACAUGGUCUUAGAGUGUCUCCCACUUCCCCGAGAACUGGGCGAUAUGGCACCCAUAUACUUCAAGAAAGCCAUCAUGGAGUGCGAUGAGGAAUGGGCCAUGAACAAGAAGGUCGUCGACCUCUCAUCGAAAGACAUCCGCCACGCUGUUCCUCGAGGUCUGCCCUACUUUGCUGUGGACUUUGGACUCCAGGGAGGAUUUGCUCAUGUCAUUGAAAAUGAACAUAAGUUCCCCCAUUACUUUGGCAAGGAAGUGGUAGGAGGAAUGAUGGACUUGGAGCCGCGACGCUGGAGAAAAAUGAUAAGAGAGAACUUUGAUGACCAGAGGAAAAAAGUCCUGGAGUUUGCAGGGUGGUGGAAACCGUACGACUGCACCAAGACUGCAGAGUAGUAAACACUACACUUCCAUUUAAACACACACACACUAACACACACACACACACACACACACACACACACACACACACUUUGGUGCAGUAACUGUUACCUACCAAUUUAGAAUUUGAUGUAAAAUUAUUUUUAGGAGAUAUUAUCUGAUAACAUUUUUACUUCAAUAAAAAAGAAAAUACAACCUCCAUCAGGUUAUUUGUGGUUAUUUUAAUGUUAAAUAAACAUGCCAGAAGUGGUUUAAUGUCCUCAUUUAUCCAAGACCUUUGUGUGAUACGUGUGUAGCUUGGGGGAUUUAUGUAUUAUUGAGUUUCGAACAAAUAUUGUGACUUUAUGGUAUAUUCUUUCCCUUUAAGCCGCACAUACAGCUAGGCUGGUGGACUGUGAAAUAUCUAUGAAGCAAGACCUGAUUUGGAACCUUGUCUGUUCACCAUUUUAUUUGUACACUUCUCUUGCCAGUACUGCUCUUUCCUGCUCUCGAGCCUCUGCAUUUCAUGUCUUACUCUAUGGCCUCCUGCACCUUGCCACUGUCGCUUCUAAGAGGUUUCAGUGUCAGCACAACCACAUGUUCAAGUGUAUACACGAGCAAUCAGCAUCCACGCCCCGGCAUGCAACCUCAUCUUUAUUACCUCAUCACUUCAGAGACCUGACUCAUUUUACGGUGCCACCUAAGACGCCAUGGGGCGCAUUGGGUCAACUUGUAAGGGCAUCAUUUGUUUGAAUCACAAAAGAUGGAGUUACUCUUAGUGUAUGUGGUCACAGGGAAUCAAGAUUUAGAACCAGUGUUUUUGUCAGUCUUGCAUGCUCUCCAGUGUGACACUUAAAGGAGAGAGUGUAUUCCUGUUUAUUAAUCACUCUUAUCAAAAACUGAAUGACUAAGUUACGACCCCCUCCACUCCACUAGGGGUCUAUGCCUUUGUGUUCUGCUUGCGGGCUCUUGUUUGUGUUUCAGGUGAUUAACCUGAUGAGCCACACCUGGGCCGUCGACAUAAAAGGCCAACACCAACCCAUACUGCCCUCUCACUCUUCUGUUCUUUGUUUCUGCACGUUUUCACACACCCAUACACGCAAUCAAUACUGAUAACUGACUUCCACAUUUAUUAGGUUUCUUUGAAGACCUUUGGUUUUUGUGGUAUUGUAAAUAAAUAUGCUUUUGUUACACUUAA